AACAAGUCAAUUUUUCGUAAAAAUGGUGAAUAUUCGACCAAUUUCGAAGGAACUCGCUUUGAAGGCGGAAAAGGAGCUCAAUGAAAAACCUGAGAGGAUUCAAGAAGAUAUUGAUGCCUUAAGAGCUUGGAUUGCAAAAACGCCUUAUUUGAGGGCACGUACUGACGAUCAGUUUUUGGUGAAUAUUUUACGUGGCUGCAAAUAUAGCUUGGAAAAGGCAAAGACAAAAAUUGAUGCGUAUUAUACGAUUCGAACGGCAUUCAGUGAGGUUUUUAGUGAUAGAUAUCCGAUUACGGAUAAGAUGAUAGAGAUAUUGAGACUUGGAAUAAUCCUCCCUCUACCUGAAACCGACGGUCCUGAUGGUCCCCGCAUCGUCCUCAGUCGUGUCGGCAUGUACGAUCCCGAAAAAUACACGUUACCCGAACUCUUCAAAUCCACAUUGCUCAUUACCGACGUCUUGCAUCUCACAGACGACAACGUCACCAUUGCCGGUCAAACGAGCAUUCAAGACUCCAAAGGCGUCACAAUGGCCCAUCUCUCCAAAUUCAAUCCACUCUUCAUGAAAAAAAUGUCAAUGGCAUUUCAGGAGGGAAAUCCAACGAGAAUUAAGGGAUUACAUUACGUCAACACACCGCCCGCAUUCUUGUCACUUUUUAAUUUCUUUAAAACUUUCCUAAAUGACAAAGUUAAAUCCCGGAUACGCAUGUAUGGCGACAACAUGGAAGAGUUACACAAAAAUAUCCCGAAACGAUUGCUACCUGCGGAGUAUGGCGGCGAAGCAGGCACCAUAGCGGAAAUUACGGAGCAUUGGGUUCAAAAAGUUCUCGAGCACGCAGAAUAUUUUAAGGAGGAUGCGAAAUACGGAACUGAUGAGAAAAAACGUCCUGGACGCCCAAAAAAUGCGGAAAAUUUAUUCGGCAUUGAAGGAUCGUUCCGACAACUUUCCUUCGAUUAAAAGAAAAAAUUCAACAAGUUUCGCGAAAAAUAAAUUUUUGGCUAUAAAUAAAUUUUCACGUCGAAAAUUUAAUUAGAUUCGCGACUAAAAGCUAAAUUUACUCGUGUUAUUUAACGUUUUUAAAGCGGGAUUAACGCCUUUUGUGUUACUCGCAGUGCAAUGAAGCAAGAUAAAUGAUUAUUCAAAUUACGUAAUUACACUUAAUUUGCUGUUAAAGAAAUGAACGUACUCGCAACGUAAUAAAAAGUGUGAUAAAAUUUUCAAAUAUUCAAGUUC